AUGAGUGGCCUAGCGACCAAGCAGCAGUCGCUCAAGAUCUUCGAGAAGCUCAAGUCGAAGCCCGCCAACAAAAUAUGCUUUGACUGCGGUCAAAAGAACCCAACCUGGACUUCGGUCCCAUUCGGCAUCUAUCUCUGCCUGGAUUGCUCUUCCAACCACAGGAACUUGGGUGUCCACAUCUCCUUUGUUCGCUCAACCAACUUGGACCAAUGGCAAUGGGACCAGCUGCGUGUCAUGAAGGUCGGUGGCAACGAAUCCGCCACUAAAUUCUUCCAACAAAACGGCGGUACGGCCGCGCUCAACAGCAAAGACCCCAAGACAAAGUAUCAGUCCAACGCCGCGACAAAGUACAAGGAUGAGCUGAAGCGUCGAGCUGCUCGUGAUGCCAAGGAAUAUCCCGACGAGGUUGUCGUUAGCGAUGCUGCCGAUGAUGGCUCAUCCACGCCAGCCGGGGAGCCCGAUGAUGACUUUUUUUCCUCGUGGGACAAGCCCGCUAUCAAAAGGCCGACGCCUCCCAUCUCGAGGACUGGAACGCCGACUGUCGUUGGACGGACUCCCUCGCCGUUCCUGAACCCCGGCAAUGGCAAGGAGGGUACUCGAUCUGCCUCACCUCUUGCUAGAUCUGAUCCCACCGGAGAAGCCAAGCCCGCAAGUCGCAUCACCACGUCAGCAGCCCUCCGCAAGACCGCCGCGACCGGUGCCCCCAGGAAGGCCAACGUGCUUGGCGCCAAGAAGACGCAGAAGCUCGGUGCCAAGAAGGUCGUCGGCGAGGUGAUUGAUUUCGACGAGGCCGAGAAGAAGGCCAAGGAGGAAGCCGAACGAAUUGCCAAGCUGGGAUACGACCCCGAGGCCGAGGAUGAGCCUGCAAGGGAUGCUCAUGGAGCCGCCACCAUUAUGUCGCCAACCCCCGUCAGCCCCCCUCGAAACAGUGCUGCCAACCUGAAUGCAAGCCAAAAGUCCAAUGCCGAAGUUGAAAGACUGGGAAUGGGCAUCGGACGUCUAGGGUUUGGUCAGGUUGGAAGUGCCAAACCCACAGCUCAGGCGGCCUCGAAGAAGAAUGCCGGCGGCUUCGGCUCUGUUGGACCGGUCAAGGCCGUUCAAGAUGACUCGGAAAAGUACGCACGAACAAAGUUUGGAAGUCAAAAGGGCAUCUCGUCGGAUGAGUAUUUUGGCAAGGGCGCGUUCGACCCUAGCGUUCAAGCUGAAGCAGAGAGCCGACUGCGAGGGUUCGAAGGCUCUACUUCCAUCUCCUCCAAUGCUUAUUUCGGCCGACCGGAGGAAGACGUGGAUGAGGAUUAUGGGGAUCUCGAGUCGGCCGCCAAGGACUUUGUGCGCAAGUUUGGCAUUACGGCGAGCGAUGACUUGGAGAAUCUCACCAAUUUCCUUGGCGAGGGAACCACGCGGCUGCAGGGCGCCAUUCGCGCAUAUCUUGGAAGCUGA